UGCAGUUUUACAAAGCCUCCUCACCCAUCACUGGCCAUGAUUACUUCAACUCGGGAGCAGCUUCACUUUCUAUACAAGCUCCUCUUCUGUUGAGAGAGAGAGAGAAAGAGAGAGAGAGUUGCCUCUUUUCAUUUUUUAGAGGCAACAAUGCUCUUUGUCCUAGAUCUCCCACCAUUCUUAUUGGGGUUACCAAGCGGAUGGGGGGGUGGGGUUGUGCGGGGGCUCAUUUUCCAUAGUAACAGUGACAAAACAAGCUUGUCCCCAACAAGGAAGGGAUGAGAGAAGCUGUAAAAGGAGACAGGCAAAUCUGCCACUGAGGAAAGGUGGAAAAUGCCUCACAAGCAAGACCACAAGAAAUAGAGAGAGAAUUGACUGAGGGAAGAGAUGGCAAAGUGAAACAUUCUUAUUCCAAUCAGCACCAUUUGAGUAAGACGACUUAGUAAGAAAAGGAGGGAGUUUUCAAAGAAGGGGAGAGAGGAGAACAGUGAAGCGGGAAAGCAUACUGGUCUUGAAGGGUCCCACGAGGGGGGAGGACCCCCACCACAGCUGGCUUCGCUGAAACGACAUCAUGAACUCCGAGUCUCAAUGUGAAGACAUCAUGUCCACCAUGAUGCUGGAGAAUAUCAAGAACAAGCUGAUCCAUGCAUUCAGAGUGACUGGGGAACCACUAGCCUCCACUGCACCAGGCACUCACAUGCUCAGCAACAUUGGGAGGAAUCUACAAGCCAAUGAAGAACUCCGCAGAGCAAAGAUCGAAGGAGCCAUAAGUUGGCUGAGAUCAGAGCUGCUGGAGAUGCGAUCUCAGGACCGGCAGCUGGCUCAGACUCUGCUGGGUCUGAACAGCGAGAUAGAGAAGUUGAGGACUGAGACCAUUGCUGUGACUCGGGAUCAAGAUGGAAGUGAACAGGUCUGAUCAUCUCAUCUAGACUGUUUCAUCCUCUUACUUGAGAGGAGAACUUGGAAUCAGAGUGGUCUUUCUUCAGUUGACUAAAUAUUCCCAUAAAUGCUGGAUCACACACUAUAUUCAGUGCAAAACUGCGUGCACAAAAUAUAUGGAGCAGUAAAGGCAAGGCAAGGAAUUCUGAAACAACUCAUGGAUGUCAUUUUCAACGGAACACCAACAAUAUGUACUUGCUCUGUGGGUAAUUACAAGGCGUGUAGUUGCUCUGUAGGUAAUUAGGCAUGUCCCUGAGAAAUUAUGUCAGUCAGUGUGCUUGACACUAGACAUUUUUAACUCCUAGUUUGUUCUUUAAGGCUGCUUAGAGAACAUGUUUGUAAAUGUAUCUGAAUAUAACUAUAUUUUACACAGGCUUACCUGGGGUAAGAAACCUAGAGAGCCUAGAUUGAUUGUGUUACUACAGGAAGAACACAUGAGAAACAUAAGAAAAUUUAAUAAUAAUGAUUUACCUCAAAACGGGUAAAGUGCAGGUGAGUCUAGAGUGCAUCAAAUAAAUAGGGGAAUGCUUACUUCCUUGUGUGUUUAGCAACCGUGUUUGAGGAACUUUUGAGUUUAUACAACAAAAAGAGCUUGAACAUUAUACUGGUACUCAAUUUGCAAGCAGGAUCUUGCUGGAUUUGCAUGGUUUUAUUCACUCCAUUGGCAAAGGCCUUUUUUUCCCCUGUAAGCCUUUUCUCAUCCCAGAGCUUGGUGAGCCAGUGACAUAUUAAAUACCAUGUGAUGCGCUGUAAUGAAACGUAAAAGCAUGUAACUAACAGUGUCGUGCAAUGUGUUCAUAAACAAUGAGAAUAAAUGACAAAGCUGGUGGGAAAGAG